GGAGGACCACACCCCGCAGCGCCGCCCAGCGGCUGGAGGACCACACCCAGCGGCUGGAGGACCACACCCAGCGGCUGGAGGACCACACCCCGCAGCGCCACCCAGCGGCUGGAGGACCACACCCCGCAGCGCCACCCAGCGGCUGGAGGACCACACCCCGCAGCGCCGCCCAGCGGCUGGAGGACCACACCGCCGCCGCCGCCGCUGCCGUCGCCAUCAAAGGUCGGGUCGGCAUCAUCUGAUGGCGUCGCUCCGGGCCCUGGGCCCGCUGGGCCGGAGCUGGUCCUCGCUCCUGGGCCGCAGGAGGUUGGUUUUGUGCGGAGGGAGAGGCAGCGGGAGCCGGGCCGGGGCCGGGGUCGGGGUCGGGGCCUCCAGCUCGGGUACAGCGGGGCAGCCGGCGGUGACGGCGCUGGACCGGGCGGACGCCUGGAUGCUCAGGAAGGCUCAUGAAGCAGGUUUCCUCUCCUGGUUUCGGAACGGGCUACUGGCCACUGGAGUUGGAGUGAUCGCCUACAUGCAGAGUGACGUGGGAAGAGAAGCAGCUUACGGAUUCUUUGUGCUUGGCGGGGUGUGCAUCUGCUACGGCAGCGGCUCCUACGUGGCCAACCUGGUGCUGCUGCGCCGCAUGAUGAUGCUGUCGGCACCCACGGCGCUGCUGGGCGGGCUGGUGGUGGGCUCGCUGGCCGCCUUCUGGGUCUGUGCCCUCUCCCUCUACAUCGGCCGGCUGGAGGUGGAGUUUAUCUACGACGAGGACUGCGAGGACUGCCAGCCCAAGGAAGACAGCGGCAAGUCGGACAAGUAGCUGUCCGUGGAGAGAGAGAGAGAGAGACCUACCUGUACAUACAUGUGCAUCGUCCGGGGCCUCAGCUCAAGGCAGCUGAGCCCAUGCCUGAGGUGCCUCGCCACUGUAAAGAGGGAGGGAGGGAGGUGGGGGUGGCGAUGCGGAGAGAGUUGUAGAAAAUGAAGAAUGUCUUUAUUUAAUCACUGAGUUCAAAUGUAAAUGAUCGAUUCUAGGAUUCACUUUCUUUUCCUGUCUGUCUGCAAGUAGUGUGGGGACGCUUCAACCCACUGGGAUGUGACUAAUAAAAGUCUCCCCCUCCUC